UCCCUCCCUCCCCCGGCGUCGUUGGAGCUGCACGGCCGCCUGCAAUCCAACAUGGAGUAGAGGAGAGAUGGGGCUCUAGCGGGGCCACCCCUCGGUAACGGCAGCGGCGACGCGCUUCGUUUUUACGCACAACUGGAACCGGAGCCGUCGGUGAAAACAUGCGCCUUAGGACUUAAAAAAGCAACCCAGCGGAGGAGCGUGUGCCUUUUGUGUGUGUCCGUGUGUUGUGUGCGUGAGUGUGUGUGUUUGGGGAGGCGGUGGUGGAGAGGGGAAGAGAGACAGAAGAGAGAAGACGAGAGCUGGAUUGGGCUUCUAAAGUGUCCGCUCUGCUGGAGGGGAUGCGGGAUUAAAGUUGUAGAAAGAAGAGGAGGAAAACAGGGAGGCUUCGGCGAUCCAGAAGAACCAGGAGAGGCUCCGGAUAAAUAAAAAAAUAAGGGGGAGAACUGAGGAAAAAGAAGACGGAGGCGCAGCCAGUCGAAGGCAAAGCCAAAGAGCCGACACUCGCACAAAGGCGCAGGGGGGAUUUAUGCGGAAUCGGAGCCAGAACCGGAGGAGAAUGACGAGCGAAAAGUAUGCAACCGCCGCGGCCCCUUACCUGAGGUGAAACGAGAAAAUGAUAGAAGAAACACACCCAAACGAUGACAGCUACAUCGUGCGUGUGAAAGCGGUGGUGAUGACGCGGGACGACUCCAGCGGUGGCUGGCUGGCCCAGGACGGCAGCGCUCUGAGCAGGGUGGGGGUCUGCCGCCUGCUGCCCACAGAGCUGGCCCCGCUGUCGGGCUCCGGCGGCUCCCAGUUCCUCAUCAGAGGCGAGCGGCUGCGGGACAAACAGGUGAUCCUGGACUGUCCUCUGAGGAAGGACCUGGUCUACACCAUAGCCACGCCCACCUUCCACCACUGGAAGGUGGAGGACAGGAGGUGUGGUCUGUCCUUCCAGAGUCCAGCUGAUGCCAGAGCUUUCGACAGGGGGGUUCGGAAAGCCAUCGAGGACCUGGCUGAAGGCUCCACAACCUCCUCCACUGCACUCCAGAACGAAGGCGAGCUGGGAGACGAUGACGUCUUCACUAACACCACCGACAGCUCAUCCAACUCCUCCCAGAAGCUGGAGAGCUCUCUGCAGCCGCUCGAGUCCUCGCCCCUUCCGCAGAGACACAAGUGCGUGCUGGGACAUCGCCACGACCUCCACGACCCCUACCGGCUCUCAGACCACUACUACUUAGACCAGCCGUUGUCUCGGAUCCCCCGCCAUGUCACCUUCGAGGACGAGGAAAUCGUCCGCAUCAACCCUCGGGAGCGCAGCUGGGAGCGAACCACCGAGCGACACCACGGCCGCCCGUCGGAUCGCUCCUGGCUCACCGGCUACGAGGACUACCGGCACGCCACCGUGCGGGACAAAUUCAUCCAGAUGGACGAGAACGAGCCGUACGUCCACUUCGCCAAGACAGAGGCGCAGAAACACGACUACACCUACCCCCUGGCCCCCAGCCUGUCGCCCUCAGACUCUGACCCCGCCCUCGGACCCUUGACCAAUAAGGGCCACGGCGGCUCGUAUCGCCACGGCUUCUCCUCGUCGGCGGUCACCACGCAGCCUCGCUCCUUCCUCCCGAGUUCAUCGCCGUCCACAAACGGCGGGAAGGAGAGGAAGGACGACGGGAUGGAGCGAGCUCAGUGCGAGCACUGCGGCGAGGCCUUUUACGUCUCCGACAACCGGAGAGGCCGGUGCCAGGAUGCUCCGGACCCGGUGCGGGCGUGUAUCCGGCAGGUCAGCUGCAUGUGGCUGGCAGACACCAUGCUGUACCACUGCAUGUCCGACCCAGAGGGGGACUACUCGGACCCCUGCUCCUGUGACGGGGGCGAGGGCAGCGGGGGAGGCCGCCUCGGCACCCGCUGGUUAGCGCUGCUGGGCCUGUCCCUGCUGUCGCCCUGCCUCUGCCUCUACCCGCCCCUCCACGCCUGCCACCGGGCGGGGGUGACCUGUGGCUGCUGCGGAGGCCGACACAAGGCCCUGAGCUGAGCAGAAAAACGACAAAAACCCACCGCAAGCACAGGGAAAGGGAAAGAUGGGGAAUACACAGAAGGGACAAGUGGUCGUGGCUGCUCGCUCUCUUGCCUUGGUUUCUCUGGGUUUCUCUACAAAUUCCAGACACUGAAAUAAGCCAAAAAAAAAAAACAGUUGGUGCAUUUUAUUUUUUGAACGGCCUGGGAAGAUAAGCUCCCCCUUACGGCAGACAGUUCUCUCAGCUCUCCACGUGGCCAUUUCAUGCUCUGUUUCUAGAGAGAGAGCACUCUUCUUCAGGGGGCCUUUUUUAUAGCUGACCUAUAUGUCAUGUAUCACAUAUGCAGGUACUUUAUAUUGUUAUAUUUGUACACUGACUUGGCGUCAAAGAACUUGAAUUGUUUCUUUGUUCUAUUUUUUUCUCUCCUUCGAUGUACGCGUGGCCGUUCUGUUUAUAUUCCAAUAUCAGGCCCGCUCAGCUCCAGCUACCAGAGAAUCAGACACUACACCUCUGUGCACGUGUGUGUGUGUGUGUGUGUGUGUGUGUGUGUAUGUGCGCGCGUGGAUGGUAAAUGUGCAUGCUUCCGAUGUGCGCCGAGGCCUUCUGUUGUCUGCAGCUUGUAUUAAAGCUCCUGUAUAUAGUCCACAUAGCUCUCUACCAUCAACAUCUUCAAACGUGGUACUUAUCCUAACCUUCUAAUAUCCCAAAGAUUCAUGUUUUUAUCCUAUUUAUUUUAAUUGAUCCACCAGCAAAAGGGUGCUGGGCUUUUUGUGAUUCACUUCACUGAAUGAGACGGUGCCUCCAUGUCCUCCCGUCCAUCUCCCUGCUCCUUUCGCAUUAUUUCAAACAGUGCCUAUUAAAAAAAAGAAGAGGAAAAAAUCAUCCUAAAGCAGGAGAACCCGUCGAGUCUCAUGAUUCCAGUCAGAUUUUUUGGGGGCUCAUUUUAACGUACACUUGAAGCGGUGUGAGAUUUUAAGGCUCAGAUUUCCUUCACAGAACCUCAGCCAGCAAUCUGGGCUGAAAAAAAUCUAAAGAAUUGGUGCCCGUAUGCCUUAAAAUGUGGAGUCUCUGAAGAUGUCUUGCUGUAAUGAAUAAAGCGUGAGCACGGUUACGGCUCCAAGCAAUCAGCCUCACCGCCAUUUCUUUUCAACUUAGUUUUUAUAAAAAGGAACUCUUCAAAAGGUUCUCAUUGAGUGUGCAAACUACGGACUCUAGUUUGCCUGCGACGUACAAUCAGCUCCCCUCUUUAAAGCAUUGAUCUCCAGUCCAGCCCACCGGUCACAUCUGUGGAACAGCAACGGCCAAAGUAACUGUGAUCUGAACGUUUUCAUUAAUCAGAUAAGAACUCAGCUCAAAGUACGUCCAAAAAAACACAUCUGUUGACAAUAAACUUGGGUAGAAGAAUGUUCUUGUGUGUGAAAAUUGGAACUUUUAUUUUAUUUAGUCGCCAAAAACCUGAUUAUAACAGCUAUUUAACUUGUAUAAGCAACGCAGGGAGUCUCCAUCCAUCCAUCCAUCUAUACACCGCUUUAUCCUCAUGAGGGUCAUGGGGGGUGCUGGAGUCUAUCCCAGCUGACUCGGGUGAAGGCAGGGGACACCCUGGACAGGUCACCAGUCUGUCACAGGGCUACAUAUACAGACAAACAAUCACACUCACACCUACGGACAAUUUAGAGUUAUCAAUUAACCUCAGCAUGUUUUUGGACUGUGGGAGGAAGCCGGAGUACCUGGAGAAAACCCACGCAUGCACAGGGUGAACAUGCAAACUCCAUGCAGAAAGAUCCCAGGCCCAGGCUGGAGUUUAAACCGGAGAUCUUCUUGUUGCAAGGCGAAAGUGCCAACCACGAGCCCACUGUGCAGCCCUGAUUUCACUAUUUAUAUAAAAAAAUCCUCCAGCUAAAAGAAAAAUUUGACAUUUUGGGACAUAAAUUAUGUAUAACAGCAUGUAAAGCUCACUAAAAACACAUAUCUCGUAGUUUUAGUCCAUACAAGAGGAAAAUUGACAGGACUUACAUGAAGUUGAGUCUCCACUCAAAAGAAUUUCUCUAAAUGCAAUAUAAUGCUUAAAAAGAUUUAAACUUAAAUCUUUAAACUUAAAUGUGGGAUUUAAAAGAGAAAAUAUCCAUAAUGUGAUUUGUCUGUUUUUUCUAUCUUAUGUCAUAGCCUGGCUAACUUCUUUCCUGUUUCCAGUCAUUUAGCAGAGCUAAUUACAAAAACAGCACCUUCCAGAAUGUCAAAUUAUUCCUUUAAGGCCCAAAAAUGUGGCUAAAAAUGGGAGAUGAUCAACAUGAGAGACAACUUGCUGAAACCACAUGACCAGCGUGUGCUUUUCUUCUCAGCCCAACAGCAUUUUUUCCUCCCUCCAUGCCAGAUUUGAUGCAUUAGCAUAAGAAGGUAAAGAAAAAUGGUUAAAAUCCGUCUUGAUGUACAAACUCAGGCCAUGGAGGAGGAAAAACGUCCCCAAAGUGCUGUCCUACCUGCCUGCGUCUGCCGGCCAAUCACGGCCUGGCGCUGACAACUCGACGUCAAACUGCCGGCGGCGUCGGGGAUGUGAUCGGGAACACAAUAAGCUUUUUUUUUGUUUGUUUUUAAAAAUAAAGCAGGACGUCAGGAGGAUCCCAUUGGAAAAAUCAGGAGCCGAAAUCCUGGAGACAAACAUCCAUCUCUGAUUGUUUUGCCAAGGAAAUGUCACUUACUACAGUCGAAAUACAGAAUGCCUGAGGAUGUCCUUUUUCCUUUCCUGGUUGUAUCUGUUUCAUACAUCCUGUCCCGUGUACCAGCCUGUACGUCCUUGGUGUGUGUGUGUGUGUGUGUGCGUGUGUGUUCGUGCCACAUCCCUUCCCGUCCUCCUGCUCCUUGAUCCAAAGCUACUGGGAUCAGCUGAAUAUGCUAUCACACGCCGACACCUUUCGAGUUGAAUUGGAUCCUUUGAUGAUGCGAUGAAUCAGGGACAGGGCCAAUUAGAUUGGAAAGAGCGAGUGUGUGUGUGUGCGCGCGUGCACGUGGGCCAGCGUUUAAUCUUUUAUCUCCGUCUCGUCUGGUGGUCGAGUGUGUUCUCACAUGUCAGAGCCAUUUACAAGUGCCUGAACGCAUCCUCUUUAUCUCCUCAUGUAUUUAAAUCGAAAAAAAAAUUAAAGAAACGACUCCCUGUAUUGAAAUUAGACCCAUUUUUUACGCUUAGUAUUUUACCUCUGUAAAAAAAAGAGCAAAAAUUAUAUUAUAUAUAUCAAGUGUAUGUUGUACAUUUUUAUUUCUAUUUUGUUUUUUAAAAUAACUGUUUCUAACAUGUACGAUGGAUGUAGCUCUUGCUUUCGAGAAGGAACAGGAAGUACUUUGUAGAUACUGAAGGGUGGCCAGGUCUGUGAGAAAACUAAAGUGAAAUGUGUGUCUUACCUUCCGCCUCCAAUAAAACGAGAGAAAACAGUGAAACCA